GUGGUUUCAAAGCUUCAAUUUUCCUAGUGGAGUAAGAAUGGAGAAUGAGUAUGGAGGAGAAAGAUGAGCAGGCACACAAGAUAAAGAUUACAUUUCCCUUCGCAUCUUGGUGAGCCUAUAUUGUAAGUUCUGGCCAAGGGAGUUUAGAUAGAACUGAUACGCACUAAUUACUUCUGUGCCAGAGUAUUUGAUUAAUAGUGUGAGACCUUCUAGAACAUUCUUCCUCCUGCUGCAGCAAUUUGUGAUGUUACAGAUGACAAAACUCCUGUCAUUCUAUCCAAUACUCAAAAAUGGCAAGUGCUAAGUGAUAAUUUGCUUCAAUAGACUCCAAGAAUUCUAAUUACUGCUCCAAAAUUGUUCAAUGGUGGUGGAGCAUGACUGCAAUCUACAUGAUGUCCGUGCUUUUUGGCCUGGCAUGUGGACAAGCGAUGUCUUUUUGUUUUCCAACUGAGUAUAUGAUGCAUGUCGAAAGGAAAGAGUGUGCUUAUUGCCUAACCAUCAACACCACCAUCUGUGCUGGAUAUUGUAUGACACGGGAUAUCAAUGGCAAACUGUUUCUUCCCAAAUAUGCUCUGUCCCAAGAUGUUUGCACCUACAGAGACUUCCUGUACAAGACUGUAGAAAUACCAGGAUGCCCACACCAUGUUACUCCCUAUUUCUCCUACCCGGUAGCUGUAAGCUGUAAAUGUGGCAAGUGUAAUACUGACUAUAGCGACUGCAUACAUGAGGCCAUCAAGACAAAUGAUUGUACCAAACCCCGGAAGUCCGAUGUGGUAGGAGUUUCUAUCUAA